AUUUGAUUCUUAAGAUCUGUACUGUCAUCGCGUACGGUGGAUUCAUCGAGAUAAAGCUUUCUUGUCUUCAUGUUCUUUGUACCUUGAAUUAUUCUAUACAUGCAUUUACACAUGCUCUAAUCAUGGAAGCUCAGUAUUGAUCUUGCCAGGAGGUAGCUUCAAUUUUAGGUAUGCAAUGGAUGUUUUUACUUUGAUAGCAUUUGUGAGUACUUGUUUUCUAAUCUUCUUGAAAGCCUCUACGGCAAUUGAUUCCAUUUCUCCAUCUGAGCCUCUCCCUGAUGGAAAGACCUUAAUUUCCAAUGAUAGAAGCUUUGAGUUGGGAUUCUUCAGUCCAGGCAGUUCUGGGAACCGGUACUUGGGAAUUUGGUACAAGAACAUCCCAGUCUGCACAGUUGUUUGGGUUGCAAACAGGGUGAAUCCAAUAAAUGACUCUUCUGGCAUGCUGAUUGUAACAGCCACUGGUGAUCUUCAGCUUCUGAGUCAGAACAUAACCGUUGUUUGGUCAGCUAACUCAACAAAAGCAGCUCAGAAUCCUAUACUGCGGCUCCUGAAUUCUGGCAAUCUUGUUUUGAUAGAUGGCAGGAAUGGAAAUUCGGAAGCUUCCUUGUGGCAAAGCUUUGAUUAUCCGUCUGAUACACUGCUACCGGAGAUGAAGCUAGGGUGGAACUUGAGAACUGGCCUCAACCGGCGUCUGUCAGCGUGGAAGAACUCUGAUGAUCCGUCUCCUGGUGACUUUACUUGCGAAAUUGAACUACAAGGUAAUCCUGAGUGGGUGCUCAGGAAAGGCUCAAAGAAAUAUUUCCGGUAUGGCCCCUGGAAUGGCAUAAGUUUUAGUGGUGUCCCAAUUUUAAGUCCUGAGAACCAAAUUUUCAGUUAUGAAUUUGUCUCCAAUGAAGAGGAGGUCUACUACAUGUUUUCCCUCAAAAACAAGUCUCUGCUCUCAAGGAUUGUUCUGAACCAAACUGACUACGCAAUACAGAGAUACACAUGGAGUGAAGAAACUCGAACGUGGAAGCUUUGGCUAUACCUUCCUGACGAGUAUUGUGACAAAUAUGGACUUUGUAGUGCAUAUGGGAAUUGUGACAGUACUCAACUUCCAGCUUGCCAAUGUUUUAAAGGAUUCAAGCCUAAAUCACCAGAUGGAUGGAGCUCUGGGGACUGGUCUCAAGGAUGUGUCAGAAACAAGCCAUUGAACUGCCAGGCAGCCGAUGGAUUUAUCCAAUUUGGAAGGUUGAAACUGCCUGAUGCUACCCAUUCAUGGGUAAACAAAAUUAUGAGCCUCGAGGAAUGCAGGGAUAAAUGCCUCCAGAACUGUUCCUGUAUGGCAUAUACUAGUGAGGAUAUAAGAGGAAGAGGUAGUGGCUGUGCCAUUUGGUUUGGUGAUCUUGUUGACAUUAGACAGUUUCAAUCUGGUGGGCAGGAUCUGUUCAUUAGGAUGUCUGCUUCGGAAUUAGGAUCGAAGAGAAAUGAGACUAAGUUGAAGUUAGCACUAUUAAUUGCAAUUCCACUCGCUGCACUUCUGGCGAUGCUUAUUUUAUUCUAUUACUUCUGCCAAAGCAGGGGAAGCUCAGAAGAGAGAAUCGAAGAGAAGAAAGAAAAUGACAUAAAGAAUGAAGGCCAAGAUGAAGAUAUGGAGCUUCCAGUAUUUCAAGUAGCUACAAUAUCACAUGCAACUGAUAAUUUUUCACUCAGCAACAAGCUGGGUCAAGGGGGUUUUGGACCUGUUUACAAGGGGAAAUUAGUAGAUGGGCAAGAAAUUGCUGUGAAAAGGCUUUCCUUGAGUUCUACACAAGGAGUAAAUGAGUUCAAGAAUGAGGUUAAAUUGAUAGCCAAACUUCAGCACCGGAAUCUUGUUAGGCUUCUUGGGUGUUGCAUUGAAGGGGAGGAGAAGAUGCUGAUUUAUGAAUACAUGCCUAACAGAAGCCUAGACUCAUUCAUUUUUGAUCAAAUAAGGGGGAAAGAAUUAGAUUGGUCCAAGCGUUUCGGGAUUAUCUGUGGAAUUGCAAGGGGGCUUCUCUACCUUCAUCAAGAUUCUAGAUUACGGGUUAUUCAUAGAGAUCUCAAAGCUAGUAAUGUUCUUCUUGAUGAUGAGAUGAACUCAAAAAUUUCAGAUUUUGGGAUGGCCAAAACUUUUGCAGGAGACCAGACUGAAGGGAGCACAAACAAAUAUGCAAUUGAUGGGCUAUUUUCAAUAAAAUCAGAUGUCUUUAGUUUUGGUGUAUUAUUGUUGGAGAUAAUAAGUGGGAUUAGAAAUAGAGGAUUUUUUCAUCCAAAACAUAGCCUUAACCUCAUUGGACAUGCAUGGAAAUUAUGGAAAGAAGGCAAUCCUCUAGAACUUGCAGCUGAAUCCUUGGGAGAGUGUUUCACUCUAUCAGAAGUUGUUAGAUGCAUCCACAUCAGUCUUUUAUGUCUACAACAGAAUCCUGAGGACAGGCCUCCCAUGUAAUCGGUAGUGAUGAUGUUGGGAAGUGAGAUCAAAUUGCCUCAGCCAAAAAAGCCUGGUUUCUUGCUUGAAAAGACUGCACUUGAAAUGGAUUCUUCAACAAGUAAGCAUGACUCGACCUCAGUAAAUGAAAUCACCCACACGAUCUUGGAGGCUCGAUAAAGGAUUAUAUAUGGUGAUGUAUGUCAUGCCCAGAACAUUGUUCUUGGGUGCAAUUAGUGCCUUAUGUUUUUUUCAACUUCAAGACUAAAUAAACCUUAGGCCCUAAACUCCAAUGCAGAAACAUACCCCUUAAAGUUCUUACUCAGACAUCAACGGAAGGAUUUAGUGUC